GCCGCCGCCGCUCCAGCGAAGGGGGAGAGGCGAGGGCGGCUCGCCUUGCCUUGCCUGCCCUCCCCUCUAACGGAGAAGCCGCCUCUUCGCCUUCCCACCACAGCCCUGCGGCCAGGCUCCGAAAGGCGCCGCCAGCUCCUCGCAGACCCGCCCACCCGAGCGGCUCGUCGGGGGCGAGAAGGGAGGCAGCGCUUGUGCCGGCCGAAGAGAGGCAUGGAGCCUGCGCCGAGGAGGGCCCGCGCGGAGGACGGGGAGCACCAGCCGCAGGAAGAGGAGGAAGAAGUGGACCCCCGAAUCCAGGGGGAGCUUGAAAAGUUGAAUCAGUCCACAGAUGAUAUCAAUCGGAGAGAAACUGAGCUUGAGGAUGCACGCCAGAAAUUUCGUUCUGUCCUGGUUGAAGCAACAAUAAAGCUAGAUGAACUUGCCAAGAAGAUCGGUAAAGCCGUAGAAGACUCUAAACCAUACUGGGAAGCAAGGAGGGUUGCCAGGCAGGCGCAGCUGGAAGCUCAGAAGGCCACACAGGAUUUCCAGAGGGCCACAGAGGUGCUGCGGGCUGCUAAAGAGACCAUUUCCCUCGCAGAGCAGCGGCUACUGGAGGAUGACAAGCGUCAGUUUGAUUCUGCCUGGCAAGAGAUGCUCAACCAUGCUACUCAGAGGGUCAUGGAAGCAGAACAGACGAAAACCAGAAGCGAGUUGGUGCACAAGGAGACGGCAGCCAAAUACAAUGCUGCCAUGAGCAGAAUGAAACAGCUGGAGAAGAAACUGAAAAGAGCUAUAAAUAAAUCCAAGCCUUACUUUGAACUUAAGGCAAAAUACUAUGUACAGCUAGAGCAAUUAAAGAAGACUGUGGAUGAUCUUCAAGCAAAGCUAUCCUUGGCAAAGGGUGAAUACAAAACAGCCUUAAAGAAUCUGGAGAUGAUCUCUGAUGAGAUACACGAGAGGAGACGGGCCUCUUCAAUGGGGCCCAGAGGAUGUGGGGUGGGUGCAGAAGGCAACAACGUGCCCGCGGAAGACCUGUUGGCAUGCAAAUUGGAGUCAGAUAACAUCUCCAUGGCUUCAGAAGUAUUUGAGGAUGAUAACUGCAACAGUUUUGUGUCUGAAGAAGACUCUGAAACACAGUCUGUAUCCAGUUUUAGUUCAGGUCCAACAAGCCCUUUUGAUAUGACAACUCAGUUUCUCCCAGUGGUGCGACCUAGAAGCCUGGAUCUCUCUAGCCCCAUCUCACUGUCUGAGUUUGGGAUAUUUCCUCUACUCGGACCUCGGAGUGAAUGCAGUGGGGCUUCCUCUCCUGAAUGUGAAAUUGAAAGAGGAGACCGGGCGGAAGGGGCAGAAAACAAGAUGCUUGACAAAGUGAACAAGAACAGGAGCAGCAGCACCAGCUCUUAUUCCAGUGGUCCAACGUUGAAUGCACCGCUACAGCUUGCCCUUCAAUAUUUGAAAAUCAAAGAUGGGAUUUGUGCGGACAGAAAAACAGCGCAGAUUGGCUGAGCUCUUGUCCCGUUUGGGGCUCAAGAGAAAUCCUAAAUUAUUUAUACACAAACCUCUUCUGAAUGUCAGAAGAACCUUGUGCCAAUAACUAUUUAAUAUAUGCCAAAUCUUUUAAGCAUUUACUUCUUGAAACUGCACUAAGAAUUACAUCAGUGUUGAGGGCUGAAGCUGAUUUUUUUUAAAAAAAGAAAGUAAUGACGGAAAUCUGUAACGUGUUAUCAGCUGCGUUUGUUCUACUUCACAGCCUUUGUAACAUGUUUCGUAGCAGUUUGGCAGAAGCAAUAACUAGGACUGUCCUUCGUAUGGAGUUCUGUGCUCACCUGGGAUCCAAAGGACAAGCGAAACAUUUGGGAGUUGCUGGUGUCCGUUUUGUUGGCAGGUAUCCAUUUUGUAAACUGGGGCUGCUGUCUAGACACAGUUGAAUUCCAAAGUGCCAGUGGCAUAUCCUUUUAAAACACACUGUAUUUUAAUGUCUGCAUUAUGGUCAAAUAGUAGAACUGUUAUACUGUGGAUUGUAAGAGGAAGCUGUUGCAUGUGGCCAAUCUAGAAAUCUUUCCUCUACUUUCAGAGCUCAUAAAAUGAUGGGCAAAAUCAUACCUUGAAGGUAACCUUAAACGUGAAUGUUAGAUACAUGAUCCUUCUAUCAUUUUAGAUUUGGAUUGGGAGUUAAAAUUCUAAAUCUGGCAAUCAAAAUGAAAUGUACACGUUGGACUGUGUUUAUCAUUGUGACACACUUUUUUUUUCAGCACUUCAUUAUUGUGACUUUGACCCCUCAUUUAGGCAUGGAUAGGAAAAUAUUAUUUUAAAUCUUGGCCUACCAAGUAAAAAAGAAGGGAGAUAUGCAUGAAGGGAUAGCAUCUUUGCAAGUUAGAGCAUUUCUGUAAGUUAUCAUGUAUAGGACUAUUAGAGUAUUUAGAGUAAUGGUAGCAUCUCUUGAGCACAACAGCUGAGUAAGACUGGAAGGAGUUUGGGGCAUGCUUCAGCAGUGGCUGUUAUAGUAGAGAAUUGGGUAGUUUUGCUAAUCAGGGGUAGUUAAAAAGUAGGAUUUUCUUUGAUAGUAAUUUCUUAAAUUUCCAUAUGUCAUCCCCCAGAUCUAACUUAUUUAUUUAAAGGGUUUAGCAUCUCCCCCCCCCGAACUCUGAUUCUCAGCUUACAAUCUUGUUGUAUUUAGUCCCUAUUAUAGCUUGUAUAAGUAGUCUGAGAACAAAUGUAAACUCCUUUACACUACAGUAAACUCUUCCUCCACUCUUGAUUUUGUUUUCAUGUGUAAUACAGCCAUUAAAUGGCUUUUUAAAAAAUGCUUUAGAAACCCCUUUUUAAAACUUGUUACCUGAGUGUUCUAAAAUAUACCCGUCUUCCAUUUGUGCUUUUGGCAUCUACUUCAGUUAAGGAAACAAAUUUUGCAAGUGCCAAAUGGAAUAAUAAAGUGAAAACUAAAGAGA